GAGGCAUACAAAAAAGAUGAUAAUCCUAAAAAAAUUAAUUUAGGUGUAGGUGCUUAUAGAGAUGAUAAUGGUAAACCAUUUGUUUUGCCCAGUGUGAGAAAGGCAGAGGAUAAAAUUAGGAGUAAAAACAUGGAUAAAGAAUAUUCACCAAUUUCAGGACAUGCAGAAUUUUGUAAACACAGCAUUUCCUUAGCUCUUGGUAACGAUCUUGACGUUCUUGAGAAUGGUAUGACUGCUACUGUACAAGCACUUUCUGGAACAGGUUCUCUUUCCGUUGGUGCAUUCUUUUUGCAACGUUUCUUCCCUGGCAAUAAGGAACUGUAUUUGCCAACACCUACAUGGGGAAAUCAUGCUCCCGUAUUCAAACUCGCCGGACUUCCACUGAAAUUUUACCGUUAUUAUGACCCACAAACGUGCGGAUUAGAUUUUAACGGCCUUAUGGAAGAUUUGAGCGUCAGUAACUUUCCACUAUAAUAUAAGAUGGUACUU